AUGGAAUCUCUGGAACUCGAGGACAGCUCGGAUGAGCAAGAGUCAAAUGGCACCGAAUCUGGAGAGUUCAAAGAGGGAUGCGAGGGGAACAUGACAUGUAACGCAAAGUUGGCAGACAAACACGACAUAGAGAUUGAGGGAGUACUACGUGAAAGUGGGGAGACGGCAGUAACAGACGUGGCAACAAAUGUCACCAUUGACAACGUGGGCUCGGAGAAGGACAGUACCGGCAACUCCGGUAUGCCGAUCCCGUGCAUAUGCGCACGUACUAGUCUCAUAUAG